GCGUGAAAGCUAUGGUAAAAACAAGCUUUCGACGAGUAUUAUGAACUAUUUGCUGUAGACUUUGACGCACUCAAAUUAUGCAUCUGCUUGCAAACAUUUUUGCUUGUUAGCUUAGUUAUGGCGACUACCUUAUUGACUGUUCUGCUGUUGCUAAAAAAUUGGUACGAGCUGGAGUAUUAUGCGAAGCAGGUUGCCGUGGAUACUGAUGUUUCCGUAUCCAAAGAAGUAGAUUUUCGUUUAGGAACUUGUAUUGAACUUCGGAAGUGGCCAAUAACAGGCUUCAAACACUUGAUAGAAGAAAUAAGAUUGUUUAGUGAAUUAUAUGGCGAAGACUUUGAGAGAGUUUCAAACUAUACAAAUAUUGAAGAUAACGUUUUGGAAGAUUCCUGUUUCCUUAGGCAUGCGAGGAAAUAUCAGUCUCCAAAUGGGGUUCUAUGGCCUCGACGCCACUAUCACUUUCCAGAUUGGUUUCGUAAUGAUACGAUACCUUGGAAUGAGAAGAAAGAUAUUUUGUUUUGGAGAGGUAGUGCGACAGGCCCUAUUUUGGAUGAAGAAGAAGUAGCAGGAAAGUCCAAUAGAAGGAAAAUAGUUGAGUUGUUGCAGUCAUUGAAUCGUUCGGAUAUUGAUGCUGGAUUUAUUGCACUGCUUGAUAAGGAAGAGAAAUAUGGUCAUCUUUGGAAAGAACCUGUACCUCAGGAAGGCAUUUUUCAAUACAAAUAUGUUUUAAAUAUAGAAGGAAAUGAUUUGAGUAGCAACUUUCCACAAGCGCUAUAUUCCUGGUCGUGUCCCUUCCAUCCAUAUCCUUUUUCUGUCGAAAGUGUAUACUUCCGUAGCUUGAGACCUUGGCAACAUUUCAUUCCACUCUAUCUCAAUGGUUCGGAUGUGGUUGAGAAGCUCCAGUUUUGCAAAGACAAUGAAAAGUUCUGUCGUCAAGUUGGAGAGAAUGGCAGAAAGAUGAUGGAGAAGUUUAUGAAUGAAAGCUUUUGUCAUGAAAUCAAUCGACAAGUUUUGAUACGGUUAAGGAAUGUGCCUUUACAGAGCUAGAAGUAGAGGAUGAUGGAAUUUACGAAAUCAAGUUGUGUUAUUUGUUAUUAAUCUAUGUUAAAAACGUAAAAUUAAAGGUCUUUCACUCCUUUAACAAAUUUUCGACAAGAAGCUUUUUAAUAAAACUGAACGAAACAAG